CAACAAGGCGGUCCUCUGCUAAGCGUCUCCGCCGCAGGGCGGAGCAGAGGCGGCGGGCAAGCGGCCGGGCUCUUGUGCCGCCCUCGCUGAGGGGAAAACAAACAAAGCGAGGAGGAGACGGAGGAAGCCGCUCGGCUAGAGGUCGAUGGUGCGGCAGCGGGCUGGCUUAGCUGGCGCGAGCAUCCCUCCGGCUCGGUGGGGCGUGAGGUGGAGGAAGAGAGACGGAGGAGCAAAGGCAGCCGGGAGGGAAGAGCAAAGAAUAUAUGGUGGUGAUUCAUGAGACCGAAGAAGAGAGUACUGUCACCAACUAAUUUCUGAGAAGGCAGUUUAAAAAAUGUUGGAAUUUCUGAUGUUUCCCUGCAAAGCUUGGAACUUUGUACUGCAACGCUGAAUGCAAGCUGUUCUCAUUUGGGACUGGCGUUGUAGCGGAUGGAUGCUGAUUUCAUGAUGGACAAUAGGGAGAAUUUUUCACCUCUUAAUUCACUGACUGAAUAUUACCCUAUCAAGGAAGCUGACAAAACAGAUCAAAGUGGCAAUACUCAAAUAAAUGAAGGAAGCCAAGGAACUAUGCAGCUGAAAAAAGAAAUCUCUCUUCUUAAUGGGAUUAGCCUAAUAGUCGGAAACAUGAUUGGUUCAGGUAUCUUUGUUUCCCCCAAAGGAGUACUUAACUACAGUACAUCCUAUGGAUUGUCGCUAGUAAUUUGGGCAAUUGGGGGGAUUUUUUCAGUGAUUGGAGCUCUAUGCUAUGCUGAACUUGGAACCACUAUCACUAAAUCAGGAGCUAGUUAUGCAUAUAUUUUGGAGGCCUUUGGAAGCUUCAUUGCCUUUAUACGACUGUGGACUUCACUGCUGAUCAUUGAGCCAACCAGUCAGGCAGUUAUUGCAAUAACGUUUGCCAACUAUAUCGUGCAGCCUGUCUUUCCUUCCUGUCAGCCUCCGUACAUCGCUUGCCGGCUUAUUGCAGCUGCUUGUAUAUGUCUUCUAACGUUUAUAAAUUGUGCCUAUGUUAAAUGGGGAACAAGGGUGCAGGAUGCAUUCACCUAUGCCAAAGUGAUUGCCCUUAUUGUCAUCAUCGUAACAGGAAUUGUUAAACUAUGCCAGGGAUACUCGGAACACUUUCAGGACUCUUUUGAGGGGUCAUCUUGGAACCUCGGGGGCAUUUCUCUUGCACUUUACUCUGCCUUGUUCUCAUACUCAGGUUGGGACACCCUCAACUUUGUAACUGAAGAAAUAAAAAAUCCAGAAAGGAACCUGCCUCUAGCUAUUGCUGUUUCUAUGCCAAUUGUGACAGUUAUCUACAUAUUGACCAAUGUAGCAUAUUAUACAGUGUUGGAUAUUAAUGCUGUACUUUUAAGUGAUGCAGUGGCAGUGACAUUUGCUGAGCAAGUAUUUGGCAUGUUCAGCUGGACAAUUCCGAUUGCUGUUGCCUUGUCUUGUUUUGGUGGACUCAAUGCAUCUGUUUUGGCAUCAUCUAGGCUGUUCUUUGUCGGAUCCCGGGAGGGUCAUUUGCCUGACCUCUUGUCAAUGAUCCAUAUAGGGAGAUUUACACCAAUCCCAGCACUUCUCUUCAAUUGUACCAUGACUCUCAUAUACUUGACUGUAGAAGAUGUCUUCCAACUUAUUAACUACUUCAGCUUCAGCUAUUGGUUCUUUGUGGGACUAUCAAUUGCUGGACAACUCUACCUCCGUUGGAAGCAACCAAAUCGGCAUAGGCCACUCAAGCUGAGCCUGUUUUUCCCAAUAGUCUUCUGCAUAUGCUCAAUAUUUCUGGUGAUUGUGCCACUCUAUAGUGACACAAUUAAUUCCUUGAUUGGCAUUGGCAUUGCUCUGUCUGGGAUUCCAGUCUACUUCAUGGGUGUCUCCUUGCCUGUUUCCAAGAGAUCAUCCUUUGUCAGCAAAGUUUUAGGUGCUAUCACCCGAGCUACUCAGCUACUUUUUUACUGUGUUCUGACAGAAAUGGAUAGUUUGGAAGAAAAACUAGAAACCAAAUCUGGAUAAAAAUGGAAUUGACUGGAAAGGUAAAAGUAGCUGCUUAAGAGACGGUGGAUUGGCAGAAAGCAUCACUGGAAUUUUUACUAAACUGUGAUUCUUGCUGGAUCAUACUGUGUCAUGAUCUAGGGCUUGUUGUUUUUUGAAAACUGUGGUUGAAAGGCUUCUCAGGCAUAGGACAUAUCAUGAUUUUCAUCUAAAGAUGCUAAACUUUUCUUCACAAUGAAAGUGUCACACUAAGAGCUCAAAAAUAAAGUUGACUUCAGAGAACUUGGCAACGUGGCAACAGAGUUUAUACCAAUUCCAAACUGCUGGAGUUUAAAAGGCACAAGUAAUCUUCCCAACCUAUCAACAGUUCAGCUGUUUAGUGUGAGGCAGAACUUUGUAGAUUGAUGUUCAUGAGAAACUAUUGCAUCAGAGGAGUUGAAUGUGUCAAUAAAGAUCUAGGAACUAGCUUCUUCAUUGAGAGGCAAACACACUGGAUGGCAAUUAAUUCCUUGAGGCUGUUACUCUCAAACCCUUCACAUAAACGUUUACUUUUUAUUAUUAAACAAAACAAAACUUUUAUGUUUUAGGAAAAGCUAGUCAGUUUUUGCUUUGGCCAGUUAAAAUUGGAACCCACACAGUACAAUAUUCAAAAAGUAGAGCUUUAAGGCAAACAUUUAAAAAUGUUGAGUGUCAAAGCAGAGAUUGUUCUAUUUGGCAUUUUCCUACCACUGUUUGUUGUAAAAAAAAAUCAAAAUUUAAUGCUUUUUCACCUUUCAUUUGUUUUAAGAACUUUAUAUUGCAGAACUGUUUUGCAGUACCAUGACUGGAAUUGGCUGUUUUGAUAUGUGGAUAUGUAAGAAACAGAUGAAAAGAGGUACUUUUAAGUACCACUUUUCUAUACAUAUCUUAUGGGCCGAGUUCAUGAAAAAAAUUGGCAUAACGUUUGCUUCCCUGAGGUGUUUGUUGCAAGGAACUGAGAAAUGGCUGCACUGUCCAAGUGGAAAAAAAUAAUUCCAGAACUUUGCUCUGAUUCUGGAAACCAAUUCUGUGGCUGUGCGUUGACAUAAAAAGGCCCUAAGAGCUCAACUUCUGUGUCGCCACAGAUUUAACUCAGUUGCCUUGGCAUCAUCACUAGAAGAAAUGAAUGCUACUGACCUUAACUGCCUUAUGUGGAGAUAACAUGAAGAUUAACAACAAGGAUUUGAAGAGACAUACAUAUUUCAAACACAAUAUAAAGAUAGGCAUCCACAGAAGGAUGGGCAUUGGAUCAUUGUUACAGUUAGGCCUUUGAAGUGCCAACGAAACGGCAUGCCCAAGAUGAUUUCUCAGUUCAGAAUAGAAACAUUCAAACUAGGCAAGCCCUCAUCAAACCUUGUAAAAGUUGUCUUGGUUGAGGAAAACUAGCUUUUUUAAAAGGCCAUUUUUGAGGACUAGUAGAGGGGAUAGCUGCUGACAGGGAAACAGUGAAAACUGUGUUACUUGCUCAUAGCUCAAGUCCUUUAUAAUUUCGCAACCUCUGUGUGAGCUGGAGGUCACAAGUAAUGCUAUAUUAUAUAGUUAGAAAACUGAAGCUAAAUUACAGUGACUUCACCAAGACCAUCCAGUAUGACCAUGAUGGUAGAGCAGAUAUUUAUAAUGAAUCAUUCCAAAUUUGAAUGAUCGUUUGGUGCUCUGCUUCUCACAAAAGUUGUAUGAUCUAUAGUUAUUCAUGCCUUCCUUUCCAUGCAAUGCACCACAUAUGUUUCCCUAAGCUUGGUUGUACCAGCAACUUUUCAAGGAGCUUUGUACAUACUAGAACUCAGUGGCCCAAGGAAAAAAAUGGAAAUGGACUGCCUUCAAGUUGAUUCCGACUUAUGGCGACCCUAUGAACAAGGUUUUCAGCGGUAUUCAGAGGUGGUUUUACCAUUGCCUUCCUCUCAGGGUGAGAGGCAGUCACUGGCCCAAGGUCACCCAGUGAGCUUCAUGGCUGUGUGGGGAUUCGAACCCUGAUCUCCCAGUUCGUAGUCCAGCACUCUAACCACUAUGCCACACUGGCUCUUGGCCCAAGGAGAAAAGAGUAGCAAAACAAGAUUCUAAUCGAGUUUGAUUCCUUUCCCCAACUUUAUAGAAGUCUUUGUUUUCACACUCUUCUCCAGUCCUAAUGGAAUAACUUUUUGAUUGGUUUACAUGCUUAGGAAGGCCAGUUCAGCUGGAAAUGCUUGGAGAGAAACUAAGGCUGCAGUAUCCAUUUACCUGGAAGUAAGACCUUGUCAACUCAAGGAGACUUACUUCUGAGUAGACAUUGUCCUGUAAAGCUGCAAUUCUGUGCACGCUUACCUGGGACUAUGCCCCAUUGAACAUAGUAGGACUUGUGAGAAAACAUUGAUAUGACUGCACUCUUCUGGUAUUUUAAGUUGGGGGAGCAGGUUCAACAAUGGUAAGAGUUCACUACCCUUUCCUUUUCUGGGUGAGUAAUCUACCAGAUUGUAGCAUUUGGGAAAACAGCCAUGAUAAGCAGCAGGUGCUGCUAGAAGCUGCUCUGUCCAGACCCAAACUUCUCAGCAAUAGCAUUCUGGGCCAACACACCCAGCGAACAAUUUGUGAUGCAGCUGUCCUCUCUCUCUCUUUUUCUGAUUGUUCUGUGCUCAGUUUGGUGGUGGAGAGUGUGUACACUAGUACCAUCUUUAACUUCCAGCAAGAACUGAGACAGACUAGGUGGGAUAGUUGCUGGCAGGCACAUCACAUGUCAAGGGUUGGUGAUAGGCCCUCUGCAAUUGCCCCUCCAUGCUGAUCCUGCUGCUGACUUGUCCUGUUCCUGAAGGCAAGCGGCCUGCAAAGGGCUAAGCUGGUCCAUGUUGGGGGAAAAAGAAUGUCUAACUAGUCAUCUUCCUCCACACUCUCUGCUGCCCCCAUCCUUGCCUACGCACAUCUGCCUGCAGCCUGUCAAACUAAUAGGUUUCCUAGUGCUAAAUAAUAGAAAUAAAUCUGAUUGCUGAGACAAAAACCAAAGGGUUUUGUUUAAAAGAAUCCUCUCUUUAUACAGAGUUUCUAGAUAUGUCUAUGUGGCUGGUUGAACAAACCCUAUCUGUAUUUUUAUAGUAAUAAAAAUCCCAGAAUUUGACAUGGUUGUCUCGAUAUUACUGCAGUGCACAGCUCUAUAAGAAGGCAAGUACAUAGCUGCUGCUUGAGGAAAAAUACUGAAAUCUAUAGCUUCAGAUGUCUUAUUUGUGACUCUAAAGAACUUGGGCAUGUGAUUGUGGAAAAAGUGGGGUUUACAAGCAGUUUUUUAGUGGUUUGAUGUUACAGCUGGAUUGAUAAUCUGUUCUAUUUGUCUAAAUAUUACGUUGGUAUUUAUUUUUUUACCUACAGAAAAUCUGAGACUUGAUUUGAAGCUUAUUCUUUUGAUUAACAGAAUGAUUGAAAAUGGUCAGUCAAUCCUAGAGUAUAUGGAACCCAUCCAUCCUAAUGCUUCUGUAUUAGGUUUCAAUUUGAAAUAAAACUCUGCUUUUAUUUUCAAUACCUAUUUGAAAUUAUAUAAAUAUAGGGUGGUGUUCAGUGCUAUUCUUACUCAGAGUAGACCCAUUAAAGUUAAUAGACAUGACUAACUUGUGUUCAUUAAUUUCACUGGGUCUACCCUGAGUAGGGCUUAGUUGAAUACUGCCCACACUUUCCUUUUAUUUCACUGUGUGUAAAAGUGGCACUCAUUUGCGGUGUUAUCUCUAUAUUAUUAUUACACUCCAGCAUACUGUUAAAGAAAUUGCAUGGGUUAGCUUCUGAUCUGUCCAACGGAUUGUAAUAAUAGCUACUUUUAUAUAAUUUCAGUGUGCAUAGGAACUUUGUGGGCAGGGGAUUAAACUUCCACUAUGUGGGAAUAAAACA